GUUCAUUUCAAUUUAAUCAAACACUGGCAUUGACCCAAAUUAAGCAAGAAACUCAUAUUCAUUGAAGCAUGGUGGACUGGCACUGCUUCUGAUGAUAAACAGGGAAAUGAUAAGAAACCUUUUCUAUUGUCAUAUCACUGAUAGGGUUGACAUUGAUGAUGAAAUGAGGUUAGAAGCUGGGUUACGGGAAGGAGGGACCUUCUUAUACAGGCAGAGCCUUUGAGUGGACGGUUAGGUGUUCACACAACUCUGAUCAGAGCAGACAUGCUUUCUGAACUCAUUAGAUUUUCUACCUUUGGAAAGGAUAUGACAUUUUGAACAAAGAUUGCUUGGAUUGUAACAAAUCACAAACAAACUGUGGACUAGACCUUUGCAGAAUGAGAAACAUCAUGGACUUGACCUUUGGCUUCUUUUCAUGCGAAUCCAGCAAGAUGACAUCUGAAGCUGAGAUGGCGGUUGAGGAGGGCUACAUAUCCCCCCGCCCACCAGGCCCACCCUCCCUUCCACCCAGUGUUCCAUCCACUUGGGAGUCCAGGCAGGGAGUAUGAGGAGGGGGAGCGACGUCUUCUCGACCAGCAGGGGCACGGUGAGCGAGAGGGGCCGUAACCGCAGCUGGCUACUCUCUAGCAUCAUCACUUUCAACGUCCUGAUCCUAGGUAUUGCUCUGGUCAGUGGCAGUGUCUUCAACAACGUUAAGAUCAACGCCAUCAACCUGCAGAUCUUCCUCAUCGUCCUCAUCAUCCUCACCACUGCCUGGAUGCUGUACUACACCAUCUACACAUCCAGGGAAGAUCAUGCCGUGCUUUACAAGGAUAGCCAUGCCGGGCCUGUGUGGCUCAGGGGUGGACUGGUGCUGUUUGGCUUAUGCAGUCUGAUUAUGGACGUGUUUAAGAUUGCUAACUACGUAGGCUACCUGCACUGUGACUCUGCUGUGAAGAUAGCGUUCCCUGUCGUACAAGCUGUAUUCAUACUUGUCCAGACAUACUUCCUCUGGCUCCACGCUAAAGACUGUGUACAGCUACAACGGAACAUAACUCGCUGUGGGCUGAUGUUGACUCUGUCUACCAAUCUGAUGUUGUGGAUGGCAGCAGUCACAGAGGAGUCCAUACACCAGACUGUUGUUCCACCAGAGGACGACAACAGCACACAUUCCUAUGACAUCAGAGCCCCUGGUGGAUCCAGCAGCUGUAACUGCAGCCACUCUGCCUGUGCCGUCUUAGAAAAGGCCUAUUACUACCUGUACCCAUUCAACAUCGAGUACAGCCUGUUUGCCUCGGCCAUGGCCUACGUCAUGUGGAAGAACGUGGGCCGCCUGGUAGACGAGCACAACCACCACUCGCUCCAUUUCCGCCUGAAGGACAUGCUGGUGGGGCCUGCGGUCGGGCUGGUCAUGCUGGUGGCGGGCCUGGGAACCUUUGUCAUCUACAAGGUGGACGUGGAGAAGGGGGACCCGGGGAAACGUGACACGGUGCUGAUGAUACACUACGUGAUGAACACGGUGGCUGUGACGCUCAUGUCCGUCUCGACCGUGGCUGGUUGCGCCAUCUACCGGCUGGACCAGAGGGACCACGUGUCGGGGAAGAACCCCACACGGAGCCUGGAUGUAGGCUUGCUGAUCGGCGCCUCAUUCGGACAGUUCACCAUCUGUUAUUUCACCAUCGUGGCUGUGGUGGCAACGGGGGCCGAGGGCCACCUCAACGCUCUCAACCUGGCUGUCUCCCUGCUCACUGUGAUCCAGCUCUGCCUGCAGAACAUCUUCAUCAUCGAGGGCCUCCAUCGCGAGCCCUUUCACGAAGACAUGCACCAGGCCUCUGUAUUCACAAACCCAUACGUCCUUCAAGCCCAAGCCCAUAGAGACAUACACAACCUCCCAGGGACAUUCAUGGAGACCAAGACGUCCCCGGCCCUCACAGUUCACAGUAUGCAUGUUGCUCCUUCUGCUCCUUCUAGCUCCCCCCUUCCUCAGCGCCAUAGGCUGACCUGGAAGAGGAGGGCCCUGAAGGAGAUCUGUGCAUUUCUGCUGCUCUGCAACAUCCUUCUCUGGAUCAUGCCGGCGUUUGGCGCCCGCCCCCAGUUUGACAACCCGAUUGGAGCAGAGUUUUACGAGUUCACCAUGUGGGCGGCUGUUGUGAAUAUCGGACUCCCCUUCGGAAUCUUUUACCGUAUGCACUCAGUCGCCAGCCUCUUUGAGGUCUUCCUAACCUCCUAAACAGGCGAAUUACAGAAACUAUUCUGAAAAUGUAUAAAGAUCUUUUUUUUUUUUACAAUCUGUUUUAUUGUUCUUUGUUCUGUCCUGAACAUGCACUGAAACAUAUAUAAAGGAUAUAAAGAAUACAAUUUCAUUUUUAAUGAAAUAUGUCAAUAUCAGUGAGCUAUUAAACUGUAUCUAGUAAACUGUAUAAAUAGUUUUAUAUUAAUUAUAAUUGAUGACUUUGUAAUAAAUUGCACAUACAUUUAUGUAAACAUUU